AUGUCGAAAGAAAGAAGUCCUGAAGAUACUCAAAUCAAUCUGCAACCUCCAUGGAACGAUCUCAAAACUCUCUCAUUUUCAUCGCAAACCAUUCAGCAUCCAGUUUUUCAUCAUAACAACAACGGCGAAGCCUGUACUUCCAAACGAGAUGUAAAUGUGAGUGAUAGUGACCAGAGCAAUGGUCUCUAUAUGCUGCAUUCAAACACCUUGGGGUCACCUACAGACCAGCAAUCUUGCAGUUAUCUCACUUGUCAAACAACAAAGUCCUCUCCACCGUUUCCUCAAAGAUAUAGAACCAUCAUCCUACGAUCUGUAGGCCACCAACCAGCCCCAGCAGCAUCCCAAUUACUACUGCCAACCUCAAUUGCGACUACCUUGAGGCAUCAAAAUGAUAGAAUUCUCAUUUCCAAUGGAGAUCAUAACCAUACACAAGCCCCUUCACCCUGUUCCUCAACAUGUACAGAAAAUAACACAUUUGUUUAG